GAAAUCAAAACAUCAACCACGAGUGAGAGAAGGAUGUCGUACGAUGUGUAAACAUUUGUAGACAAAAAUAUGUUUUAUAAAAUUGUUUAUUUAUAAAUAUUGUUAACGUCAUUUGUUUACUAACAAAACAAAAAACCUGUUGAACUGUGAUAUUUGCAAAUAUUAUAUUGUAUUACAUACAGCUAGCUACAUCAUUUGAGUGACAGAAACAUUAAACGAAGUUGAAGCUAAAGAAAGGUAAUUUAAAAUUAUUAAAAGAAAUAAUCGAAGAGAAGCAACACUAUAAUUAAUCAGAUCAGUCUUAACAAAAAAGAAAUCAGAUCUCAUAAUUUUGAAGUUUCAUUUUUGCUUUGAAUUUCAAAGAAAACUUACUUGACAACAUAAACAGUGGUGUAUUUGUUAAGGUGUCACUGACUUAUCAAUCAUGACAUCGUCAAAAAAGAGUUUGUUGACUGCACAGCUUAGUAGCAGUGGCUCUAGUGUAUCAUCAGAUAUAGAAAGAAAUUCAUCUCCCAUAAGCAUGGUUGGAGCAAUGGAUGAAGAACCACAUCAUUAUGCUAACCCACAGGAGUUAAAACAGGAUGUUGAAGUAGAACUUGAUAAAAUAGAUAAGAGAAAGAAAAAGAAUUUGCUUUAUGAACCGUUACCCUUAUCAAAUAAGCAUAAUGGUCAUCAUGAUGUUAGUUACAGAAAAGGCUCAUUAGAGAACAGCGAUGUAUUUUUAAAACAUCACCAUAAUGACAGAUUAUAUAAAUUUUUAUUUGUUGUUAUAUUUUUGUUGUCACUUGGUGCGUUUAUACUCUCGGUACUGACAAGUUUUGGAGUGAUCACCCCAAAAGGAAAUUGUGUAUGUAAUACAGAAACAGUGGCACAGAAUGCACAAAUAGCAAAUCCUAAAGGUCCAUCAGAGACAGUAGCUAAAUUGUAUGAUUUGGAACAGAAUAUAAGCAGAAUGAAUAAUAUUGUGAUUCCGUCAUUGUUGCGUCAAGUGUCUCAUCUUCAGUUACGAAUGAACAACGAAUCGUACCAUGGUCAUGAUGGACCUCCAGGGCCUGUUGGACCUGCUGGACCUCCAGGUGCUGGAGACUUAAGUCAGUGUAUUUACAGAACAGAUGCAAUAGCUACAUCAUAUUCAAAUGUUAAUCCUGAAAUAUCUACCAGUGUUCAAACAGCCACAGUUAAAGCAAAACCGGGAAAAAUUAUUCUUGGAGCAUCAUGCACCAGCACUGGUGGAUCUGAACACGGCUUGUUUCAAACGAAAGUUCAAGGAAAAGAGAGCUAUUUUUGUUUGUGUGCUGGAAAAGCUGUUACGAACGCAUUUAGAUCUGGGUCAUUAAGAUGUCGAAUCCACCUAUGGGAAUGCCCUCUAACUAGCUAAAAAUGUAAAAUUUAUAGAAAAAAUAUGGACUGUAAUAUUUAGAUACACAGAGGUAUAUGUUAGAACUCUUAUUUUUAAAAAUUUUUGGUUUACAUUAAUUGGCAUUAAUAUAAUAAGUAUUUAUAAUUGUGAUUAGCUAUAAAACUGAAGUGGUUUUAAUUGGAAUUCUUGCUUGCCAAGUAACGGAAAAAUUUUGUCAAAAAGGAUUUCAAUACACUCCAGCGUAGGUAGAUAAUGAAAAAACUGUCUAUGCGUUUUUUUAUCAUCAAACUGUAAGGGCUGAGGGUAAGAUUUAACUAAACUAAGUAACAGCGAAUUUGAAUGUUCCACAAUUUACGUUUAAAACUAGAUAACUACCAAACAACCUGCAACACAGAGUAAAGCUUAAGCGCUAAAUAAUAGUAAAUAUAAAGCUGCAAAAUAGUGUAAGUUUUAGCACUAAAUAGCAAGUGUAAAGCUGGAAUCUUGGAAUUUUUUAAAAAAAUUACGAUUAGAGACCAGUUAGCAACUUUGGAGAUGAAAUUAAACUUUUAUCUUUAGCAACGAAAGCUGAAAUAAAAAUAUAGUAAAAGUUGUUUAUAAAAAAAUUAACUAAUGUCAUUUCGAUAUUGGCAAAGUCUUUUAAUUGUAUACUUAGCCUUUCUUAUAAAACCUGGCAAAAUUUAGGGGCAAAUUUUGCCAGGUUCUUUUAGCGGCACAAAAUUUCAGUUCGAUAUUUUUACAGAAAAAUUCUUUUAAGUGUUGAAAAAUUACAAUAAAAAUUCGGUCUGAUGAAGAACAGCAUUUCCGAUUUAAAUAGUAGUUUCCAGAUCUCUUAUAAUUUUUAAUUUAUCCUCAGAAAAGUUUUUUAUCGUCUCGAUAUAUGUUCUUUUUUUGUUUCAAUUCUGUAUUAUUUUGCCAGAGAGAUUUCUAUCUCGAUUGACUGUUAAUAAUAUUAUUUUUUGUUACAUAAUCAAAUUAAAUUUUUAUCAAAUUGUAAAUAGGUUAUAAAUAUAUAUCUUUUAUUAUCAACCAAAUGUCUUCUGAUAACAAAAUAUAGCAAUACCACGUUGAAAGAGAGGCUAUAUUUGUGUUAGAACGAGGCUACUAAUGUUGUAUUAUAUAAUAUGUUCAAUACUCUAAGUUAACGCGUGUAUAUUUGUUUUUUUACAAUUUAAAUUAUUGUGAA